UCUCACCCGGCAUUUGCACGUGGCUCCUCGAGCUUACGCAUUGCUUGAAGCCCAAUCAAGGCGGGCGAGGCCUCCACAAUGGCUUCGCGACUGGUGUUGUGCCUAGGCGACCUCUUCAUACCUGAUAGAGCUGCAGAUAUACCGACCAAGUUCAAGAAACUCCUCGCGCCCGGCAAAAUAGGCCAAAUUCUCUGUCUCGGUAACAUAACAGACAAAGAGACCUACGAGUUCCUCCGGGGAAUCGCGCCAGAUCUACAAAUCGUAAAAGGCGACUUCGACGUCGAAGCACCCAACCUCGCACUCUCCAAAGUCGUCACGCAUGGCUCGCUGCGCAUAGGCUUUACGCAUGGGCACACCAUCAUACCUCCGGGCGAUGGCGACAGCUUGCUGAUUGCGGCGAGGCAAAUGGACGUGGAUAUCCUGCUGUGGGGAGGCACGCACAAGUUCGAGGCGUAUGAGAUGGAGGGCAAGUUCUUUGUUAAUCCGGGGAGUGCGACAGGGGCUAUGACGACGGGUUGGUGGACGGAGGAGGAGGAUCCUACACCCAGCUUUGUGUUGAUGGACGUACAAGGAGAUGUUCUCGUGCUGUACGUGUAUCAGCUGCGGAUAGACGCAAACGGCGCGGAGAACGUCGCUGUGGAGAAGGUCUCGUUUCGGAAAAACGGCGGUGGUGUAUCAUAGCGGGUUGCCAGAUACGGAUUCACGCGGGUCACAAUAUGCAUGCUACGGAAUACAGCAGUCAUCCAACACACUUGUCGUUACAAAGAGGCUCCCGUAAUGAUUGGGCAGGAUGAAGGACUCGAGCUGUUGCCUGCUGUGCCACGGUGGCUGCACAUCAGGUCGGGCGGUUAGAGACAGAAUCUGUGCGGCGUGCUGCCUUAAUAUGCUUCGUGUCUCAUUCAAAUAUUGCUUCCCCAGAUGGACCCUUGAGCAGCAUAUUUUGGGUUCUGGUCAUCCAUUCGAUAACCCCGCAUUUUGUCUA